GCUGCGGUGGCGGCAUCGGCUUUUGCUGCUGGGGAAAGUGGCGAGCAGGAGCGGCGGCGGCGGCGGCGGCCCCCUUCUUGAGAAAGUUUUGCGCGCCGCGCCGUCCCUGCUUGCCCCGCCGCAGCCCUGUGGACGAUCGCGGGGUGGCUGGGCAUCUUUCCUCCUCCUCCUCCUCUUUCCCACCCACUUCGGUAUCAAAAAGCGGGGAAGGAGGAAGAGGGAGGAGGAGGCGGCUUAGAGGAGGGGAGAGACCUGUGGCUGGCUGGGCAGCCUCCCCGCGGGACCGAGAUGGCCAGGAGGCGGUCAGGAGGGGGCGCGGCGGCGGCUCUUCGCUGCUGCUGAGCCUCCAGUGCCUGCUGGAGAUGGGCACCUUCCUUCGGCGCCCGGAGGAGGACGAGCCAUGACCGGCGCCGGCUCUGCGGCGUAACUUGGGGUUUUUCUUCUGAAACGAGGGAUUCCGAAAGCGCCGAUUCCGCAAGAAGAAGAAGAAGAGGCAGAGAAAGGGGCGCCUGAGCAGGUAGAGGAUCACCUGUCUGCUUCUGCCAAGGAUUGGAAUGCCCGCUGGAAGUUCCCAAUUCCUGGGAGACGUCCUUUUUGCAUCUUUCCCUCUGUAAAGUCCCCACAAGGCAAUGGCUGGAUGGCUGUGGCACUAGUUCCCAGGCACGCUCCUUCCUCGGCUCUGGCAACUGACCGCAGUGGAAGGACCUUUUCUUCUUGCAACUUGCCCGCUCCGCUGGGAUUCUGCCAAGUCCAGACGUUUUUAAAGCAAAGGCGGAGAAGGGGAGGCUCAUUUUCAAUGGGAAAGGACAACGGAGACUCCGCUCCUGCAGAGAGAAAUGGAAGGGAUCCUUAGCCAUUUUCGAUCCUAGCAUUUAUGUGUGUUUCUUCUUCUUCUUCUUCUUCUUCCCGUUGGCUGGAAGAAUUUGGACUCCACCAGCAGCUUGGGAGCAUAAAAGAAAACCUUUGUUUCCCUUGUUUGCAAAGUCUUCAAAGAACAAUUGCCAAAUAUAUCUUCUGCCACGGACAGGCUUAUUCUUUCCCCUCCAGAAUGUAAUUCCCCCCUCUCUCACUUAGAAGAAGAUUCAUUUUCUGCCUUCUGCUGCCUGCCCCUUCCACCAGCAUCCCUUUCUCCUUCCCCUUCAUCCACGUACCCUCUCUUCCUCCUGUGCUUGCUCCUUCUCCCCUCCCCUCCUCUACCACUUCCUUAUCCAUCCCCUCCUUCUUCUUUUCAAGCCACAGCUACCCUCCACGUGCCUCUUGUCCACUCCUCUGUCCCCCUCCCUCCUCCCCCUUCCCUCCAGCCUCCACCAGUCCCUGCAUCUCUUAGUUCUCUCUUCCUUUCCUCCUCUCCCCUUGACUUCUCUCCCUCCAGCCUCCCUUUCUGCUGCCCCUUUCUCUUUUGGCCCAUCCAUUCUCUCUCCUCCAUAGACCUUCUCCUCUUCUCCACUGCCCCGUCUGCUUCUCUCUACUUCCUCAGCAGCUUCUCCCCUGCCUCCUACCUUCUCCAGUGGCUCCAUCCUUCAUCUCUUUGCCUUCUACUCCUCAACCAGCUUCUUCCUCCACGUCAAAUCUCUUCAAUCCUCCUCCAUUUUCUUCCCUCCUGUCCUUCUACUCCACCCACUUCCAUUUCCAGGCUCUCUUUCCUCAGUCCUCUCCUCAAGCUCUUGCAUCUGCCACCUCCGUCUCCCUGCUCUGGCAAAGUGCUUCCUCUCCCCCUUCCCUUUGCUGGGAUGGCCUUGGUGGUGACCCCGUGGCAGGAGGAGCUUCCCGGGGGUCCUUCAGGGGUCCCGCCUCCUCCCCCUCCUCCGGCACCAGGUGCCCAGGAGCCCGUCGGAGUCAGUAAUGGCGAGAGCAAAGCCUCCUCGGCCACCGUGGACUGCCUGGUGUGCGGCGACAAGGCCAGCGGGAAGCACUACGGGCAGUUCACCUGCGAGGGCUGCAAAAGCUUCUUCAAGCGGUCCGUUCGCCGCAACCUGAGCUACACCUGCCGCGCCAGCCGCCAGUGCCCCGUCGACCAGCAUCACCGCAACCAGUGCCAGCACUGCCGCCUCACCAAGUGCCUCAAGGUCGGCAUGCGCCGUGAAGCCGUACAACGGGGCCGCAUGGCCCAUGCCCAGCCCAGCCCUGGCCAGUACCCGCUGACGAACGGAGACCCCUACAACUGCCACUCCUACCUGACGGGCUUCAUCUCCCUCCUGCUGAGGGCAGAGCCCUACCCGACCUCCCGCUAUGGGGCCCAGUGCCUGCAGCCCAACAACAUCAUGGGCAUCGAGAACAUCUGUGAGCUGGCUGCCCGGCUGCUCUUCAGCGCCAUCGAGUGGGCCAAGAACAUCCCCUUCUUCCCCGACUUCCAGCUGGCCGACCAGGUCUGCCUGCUGCGCAUGACGUGGAGCGAGCUCUUUGUCCUCAACGCGGCCCAGUGCUCCAUGCCCCUCCACGUGGCCCCGCUCCUGGCCGCCGCCGGUCUCCACGCCUCUCCCAUGUCCGCCGACCGAGUCGUGGCCUUCAUGGACCACAUCCGGGUCUUCCAGGAGCAAGUGGAGAAGCUGAAAGCCCUACAUGUCGACUCGGCCGAAUAUUCCUGCCUGAAAGCCAUCGCGCUCUUCACGCCAGAUGCGGUGGGGCUCACGGACCUGUGCCACGUGGAGAACGUCCAGGAGAAGUCCCAGUGCGCCCUGGAGGAGUACGUCCGGAACCAGUACCCCAACCAGCCCAGCCGCUUCGGCCGCCUCCUCCUGCGGCUGCCCUCCCUGCGCAUCGUCUCGGCCCCCGUUAUCGAGCAGCUCUUCUUCGUCCGCCUGGUGGGCAAGACCCCCAUCGAGACCCUGAUUCGGGACAUGCUGCUCUCGGGGUCGAGCUUCAACUGGCCUUACAUCCCCAUGCAGUGAGGCUGGCCUGAGCCGUGGGGUGGCCGCGGCGGGAGCCUUGCUUUCUCUUGGCCCGCCGUGGGGCGGCUUGGGCUGGACAGAAGGCCGCCUGGGUUUGCAGACCGUGGGGCAUCACUGGGGGCCAUCCAGUGGCAGCCAUGGGGCACACGUCCCGAAAUGGCCGCCCCAGAGACCUCGAGGAGGCGGAGCCUGAGAGUGCUUUCCUCGUGUUCUCAUUCCGAGGGGUGUGUCUUUGAACCGACGUGCGCCCUCCUUCGAUAUUUAUGCAACUCUACCAUGAACAAAACGAUGGCCGUUGGUUGGUGUGUUUUUUUAAUGACUCUGUGAAUUAUUUUUUUUUUAAAGCUGUAUCCACCGCAAUGUCUGUACUAGCGCCCAAGGGAACUACAACGAAGCAGAAGCGUGAUGGAUCCUAAACGCAAAAUAUUUUACUUUCCUGUCUCUCGAGCCUAUUUAGUUCAUUGGUUGGACUUCUUCAAGCUGCUCUUUCAGUGGACAAAAGUGUUUUGAUGGUGUGUCGGCAGCCAGAGGCUCAGACGAACCAGCUGCGAGGAGACGUUUAGGGUGGGACACAAUUGUGGGAGACCCCAAAUGCUUGUGAUUGGCUUAGCUUCAGUUGUGCAAUGAGACCCCCUCCUUCGCCUCCCCUUUGGAGUUGGUGUGUAAAAGUGUAAAAAAGAAAAGGUAGGAGGCAAUUGGGGAAAAAAGACUUGCCUCUUCAGACUAUUUGAAAAAAGACUUGCUUCUUCAGGCCGUGUGUGUGUGUGUGUGUGUGUGUGUAGGGGGAAUUAUGUUUAUGAUAUCCUUGCUAGAGGGAGCCUCCAAAACGGUUGUGUGCCUUCCUCUCCCCUGGGGAAAUGAGCCUUUACAGCCUGAAGACUUGUCUGUGGUGAAUAUGAUAACACAGAGAUGGAUUAAAGCAUAUGAAAUAUAUUAUAAAAACUCUUCAACAUUACAGGCAAGGGGAGAAAUCAUUAAAUUCCAUCCCUGGAGAAGAUGGAGGAAGUGGGCGUGGCUGGGGGGGGGAACCUUGGUCUCUAGAGAGGCAGCAAAAUAGGAUUAAGAAGCUCCUUUCCCUGGAGGGAGGAACGUAUUAUUUAUAAAAUUAAAUAAAGCUAGAUUAUAUCCUAUUCCUGUUGCCCCACUACAUGAAAAUGUAUUAUAUACAUUUCUCUUCUUUUUAUGUUGGGAUUUUAUUUUUAAGAGAUGUUGGGGGAGGCAUCAUUGUUGUACAGUCUGGAUUCUUCCCUUGAGGAAAACAGAGAGAGAGAGAAAAUGAGGAAGAAAGAGAAAAACCCUACAGCAGCCAUCAAAGAGAUUUUUAAAAAUUGAUGGAGCUGGCAUUAUAAUUAAAAUUGAUGAUUGUUGAA